AUGGAUGUGGACGUCGCAGAAGCGACAGAACUUCUGGACCACCUGAGCGUCCAGCGAACGAGAAGGGCUGCUUCACGAGGCAGCAAGCCCCGUGGCCCGGGAGGCUUCCGGAAGAGCCCGGAGGGCCGUGGGCUGGGCACGCUGGACCGGGGACUUCUGAUUGAGGAGCACGUUGGCCAAGAAGCCGCUGCCGUGUGCAAGGGGCCACCCGCUGGGACAGCGGCCAGCAGCGUUCUCUGGGUGUCCCCCGAGUGCCAGGCCCUGCUCCGGCUGGACCCGUGCACACGGCCUCGCCACAGAGUCACCUCCACCCGAGGUCAGCUCGUGUGCCCCUUCUUCCUGACGGGCUGUGCGGGCCUGUUGCCUUACCGCGUGUCCUCUGCCACCGAGACCAGCCGCAGGGUGCCACAGGGCGCCGGGGCCCCUGGCAGCCCGUGCCCGGUGGCUGUGGCCACGUGGGCUGCGCGGAUCCCCUCCCAGGGGCGGGAAGCGUGCUGGUCGGCUAAGCACGCGCCCGCCUCUACCCGCCUGGUCCUGGCAGUCGCGGGUGAAGACAUUGAGGCCCCGAGGGGCGGCUCGCCUGUGCACAGCCACGUUGCCGUUGAGGCGGUACAGCCCGGAGUGCUGGGUGUGACAUUCUCCCUGGAAGAGGAGGAGUUCCUCUGCACCGUCCUGGGGGACCCACGCCAGGCAGCGUCCAUCCUUUCUGGAUACCCGGCUCAAUGGGAAGGUGGCCGCUUGCUGGAACCCCUUCCCUGCCGCGUGGCCUUACCCCGUGCCCGUUUAUCUCCGCCAGGGACCCAGACCCGCUUCAGCCAGGAGCCGGCCGACCAGACCGUGGUGGCAGGACAGCGGGCCGUGCUCCCCUGCGUGCUGCUCAACUACUCGGGCAUCGUGCAAUGGACCAAGGACGGGCUGGCGCUGGGCAUGGGCCAGGGCCUCAAAGCCUGGCCGCGGUACCGGGUCAUGGGCUCUGCAGAAGCUGGGCAGUACAACCUGGAGAUCACGGACGCCGAGCUAUCUGACGACGCCUCCUACGAGUGCCAGGCCACGGAGGCCGCCCUGCGCUCACGACGGGCCAAGCUCACCGUGCUCAUCCCCCCAGAGGACACCAGGAUCGACGGCGGCCCCGUGAUCCUGCUGCAAGCGGGCACGCCACACAACCUCACGUGCCGAGCCUUCAACGCCAAGCCCGCCGCCACCAUCAUCUGGUUCCGGGACGGGACUCAGCAGGAGGGCGCGGUGGCCAGCACGGAGCUGCUGAAGGAUGGGAAGAGGGAGACCACCGUCAGCCAGCUGCUCGUUAACCCCACAGACCUGGACAUCGGGCGUGUGUUCACCUGCCGCAGCGUGAACGAGGCCGUCCCGAGCGGCAAGGAGACUUCCAUCGAGCUGGAUGUGCACCACCCUCCCACGGUGACCCUGUCCAUCGAGCCACAGACGGUACAGGAGGGUGAGCGCGUCGUCUUCACGUGCCAGGCCACAGCCAACCCCGAGAUCCUGGGCUACAGGUGGGCCAAGGGGGGCUUCUUGAUUGAAGAUGCGCACGAGAGUCGCUAUCAGACGAACGUCGACUACUCCUUCUUCACGGAGCCUGUGUCCUGUGAGGUUCACAAUAAAGUGGGAAGCACCAACGUCAGCACCUUAGUAAACGUCCACUUUGCCCCCCGGAUCGUGGUUGACCCCAAGCCCACGACCACAGAUAUUGGCUCUGAUGUGACCCUCACCUGUGUCUGGGUGGGGAAUCCGCCCCUCACCCUCACCUGGACCAAAAAGGAUUCCAACAUGGUCCUGAGUAACAGCAACCAGCUGCUGUUGAAGUCCGUGACCCAGGCCGAUGCCGGCACCUACACCUGCCGGGCCAUCGUGCCUCGGAUCGGAGUGGCCGAGAGGGAGGUGCCCCUCUACGUGAACGGGCCCCCCAUUAUCUCCAGCGAGGCGGUGCAGUAUGCCGUCAGGGGUGACGGCGGCAAAGUGGAGUGUUUCAUCGGGAGUACGCCACCCCCCGACCGCAUUGCCUGGGCAUGGAAGGAGAACUUCCUGGAGGUGGGGACGCUGGAGCGCUACACGGUGGAGAGGACCAACUCGGGUAGCGGAGUGCUGUCCACACUCACCAUCAACAACGUCAUGGAGGCCGACUUUCAGACACACUACAACUGCACGGCCUGGAACAGCUUCGGGCCGGGCACGGCCAUCAUCCAACUGGAGGAGCGAGAGGUGCUGCCCGUGGGCAUCAUCGCCGGGGCCACCAUCGGAGCGGGCAUCCUGCUGACCUUCUCCUUCAUCGCCUUGGCGUUCUUCCUCUAUCGCCGCCGCAAAGGCAGUCGCAAGGACGUGACCCUGAGGAAGCUGGACAUCAAGGUGGAGACGGUGAACCGCGAGCCACUCACGAUGCAUUCCGACCGGGAGGACGAUACCGCCAGCGUGUCCACUGCGACUCGGGUCAUGAAGGCCAUCUAUUCGUCCUUCAAGGACGACGUGGACCUGAAGCAGGACCUGCGCUGCGACACCAUGGACACGCGGGAGGAGUACGAGAUGAAGGACCCCACCAACGGCUACUACAACGUGCGCGCCCACGAGGACCGGCCGGCGUCGCGGGCCGUGCUCUACGCCGACUACCGCGCCCCCGGGCCCGCGCGCUUCGACGGGCGCCCGGCCUCGCGCCUAUCGCACUCGAGCGGCUACGCGCAGCUCAGCUCCUACGGCCGCGCCCCCGCGUCCGACUUCGGCCCCGAGCCCGCGGCCCCCGGGCCCGCCGCCCCCGCCGGCGCCGACUCGGCCGGCCCGCUGUCCUUCGAGAACUACGACAAGUUCAACCCCCACCCCUUCCCCGCGGCGGCCGGCUACCCCACCUACCGACUGGGCUACCCGCAGGCGCCGCCGUCGGGCCUGGAGCGGACCGCGUACGAGCCUUACGACCCCAUCGGCAAGUACGCCACGGCCACGCGCUUCUCCUACACGUCCCAGCACGCGGACUACGGCCAGCGGUUCCAGCAGCGCAUGCAGACUCACGUGUAGGCCCGGAGCGCCACCGAGCGGGGGCGCCUCUGCGGGGCAGAGGACGAGGCUCUCCCGGCCGUUCCCUGAUAUUCAGGGGCGUUGCGCGUCGCUGCGGGGGCUGCGGGGC